AUGCAAAGUCUUAUUCAAAUUGGACAUUCGGAGAUUUUCCUCAUCGCCACUAGAGAUAAACCCAUUACGAGGGCUCAGCUUUGGUUCACAGGAAGGCUCUCUUUUCGACAAGAAUCAUUUGGGAUUCGUUUAAAGAACAGAGUCGAGUUUAGUGCAAGACCUGUACCUCCAAACCUAAUCGCAGCAGAGAAAGAAGAAGCCAAAGCAGUUUUAACUCUAUUCUUCAAGAAGCAAGGUCUCAGCAACAGCGUCUCCGCUCGUAUCAUCAACAAAUCCGAGCAAUUCAUUGACCAUUUAGUCUCCAGACUCCACUCUCUUCACAAAUCUCGCUACCUCGUAGGAAGAGAGCUCACAACACUCGAAAUCAGAGACUCUCUCAAUCCAUACCUCGAACACCUUCACCAAGAACACGGCGAUCUCAUCUCCGACCUCGUCAUAAGCUUCCCCUAUCCACCACAAACCGAGCCAAGACCCGUUCCACUUCCUCUCCCUCCGCCUCGUGACCCCACCGAUUCCCUUUCAGACACUCGUAAGCUAAGAGCCGUCUCUCGUGUCAGCGAGCUCGACGGAGAAGGUGCAUUACGUCCACAAACACUCUACCUUCUCGACCUCGGUUUAAACCUAGAACAGAUCAAAACCAUCACACGCAAGUUCCCUGCAUUCCCAUACUACAGCCUCGACGGCAAAAUCAAACCGGUCGUCGAGUUCCUCCUCCACCUCGGCAUCCCCAAAUCAGACAUCCCUACAAUCCUCUGCAAACGCCCUCAGAUCUGCGGUAUCAGCUUAACCGAUAACCUAAAACCGACGAUGGCCUUCCUCGAGACGUUAGGUAUUGAUAAGACUCAAUGGGCUAAGAUCAUUUCCCGUUUCCCGGCUAUCUUAACGUACAGCCGCCAGAAACUUACUUCAACCGUCGACUUCUUGACGCAAACCGGUCUCUCUCAAGAACAGAUCGGGAAGAUUUUAACGCGGUGUCCGAAUAUAAUGAGUUAUAGCGUGGAGGAGAAGCUACGUCCGACUAUGGAGUAUUUCGAAUCGUUGAAUGUCAACGUAGCUGUGCUCCUUCAUCGUUGCCCUCAGACGUUUGGGUUGAGUAUAGAGUCGAAUUUGAAGCCUGUGACUGAGUUUUUUCUGGAGAAGGGUUAUGGGAUUGAUGAGAUUGGGGUGAUGAUCUCUAGGUAUGGAGCUUUGUAUACGUUUAGCUUGAAAGAGAAUCUGAUGCCGAAAUGGGAUUACUUUCAGACGAUGGAUUAUCCGAAUUCGGAGCUGGUGAAGUUUCCGCAGUUUUUCGGGUAUAGUUUGCAGGAGAGGAUUAAGCCGAGGUACGAGCUUGUGAAGAGGAGUGGUGUGAGACUAUUGUUGAAUCAGGUUUUGUCUUUGUCGGGAGUUGAGUUCGAGAAAGUUGUUAGGAAGAAGAUGAUGAAACUUGUUGUGUCUGAUAACUGA